CCGACAUCUAGUGAAAUUAUUAACUUACCUGUGUUUGUUUUUAUACAUUGUAUACGGUUUGUAAAUAUACGUGAAUAUGUCAGGUCUGUACGGAUAUACACCCCAAGCUUUCAAGUGGUUUGGUUGGAGCGUUGCUGAUGACAAUGAAUCCAAAGAAGCUCUUAGAUCGGACUGAAUCUGUGAGGAUUUUUUUCAGAUGAGUUGACUCAGAAUUAUUGCUAAUUAUGCAAAUUACACACAGAUGUACAACAAAAAGAAUAAAAUGGUCCAUCGUAUUUACGGUUCUGUGUAGUGUAGUCAUAAGCGUACUACAUAUUUUCUUUUUUUGUGUCCAUCACUGGUGUGCGGAUCAUCAAUUAAGUAAUUUAACAUAUACUAAGUAUGCUGACAAGCACUGGGCAAGAUUGUAUGUACAAAGUGAAACGCCAGAUCUUAAAACGGCUGUCGAGUAUGCGAUGGUCACAAGGUCAAAGGAUAUAUCACAAGAUAUUAUAAGUAAAUUGCCAAAUAAAUAUAUAUUUAAACCGAACCAUAUGUCUGGUGGUUUAGCUAUUAUCGAGGGAAAUAAAGUAACUAAAUGCACGUCAGCCUAUUACACAAAUUGUCCAUCGUGUAACGCAAUAGAUUUGUUACAAUGUUUGCAAAAGAUAUGCGAUCACUGGUUACAAAUUGUGUUCAACCCUGGAAAAGAAAAAUACUACCAGUAUAUACCACCUAAAUGUAUGUUUGAGGAGUAUCUAGGCUCUAGUGGGUUUCCUAUGGACUAUAGAGUGUUCACAUUCCAUGGAAAACCCUUUUUCAUACAGGUUGACGAAACAAAAGAUGGACGUCAUACUCACGACUUUUUCACGCCAAAAUGGAAGCGGAUUCAGAUGAGGGAGGUACCAGAAAUUUAUCCCAUUAACUCUUUAGCCAAACAGCCUCCGUUCUUUCAUGAAAUGUUGCGACACGCAGAAAUUUUAUCUAAGCCAUUUAUCAUGAUGCGUAUGGAUUUCUUUGCAUUUGAUGACCAGUAUUUUUUUGCAGAGUUUACUCCAUCACAUCAUGGUUGUAAAGGAAGAUUCAUUCCUUCAGCCAUAGAGAAUUAUUUUAAUUUGGUUAUUAACAACCCGUCUGAGUAUUCUGACCCGGAAGUUAUAUUACAGUUGAAGGAAUAGAACAUUACAUAU